UGACAGAGCCAAGCUCCGCCCCCUGUGGGCCAAGGUAGAGCGUGCUGAGAGAGGGAGGAGGGAGCAGGGGCUGAGCUGAUCCCACGUGUGACGCUUUCAUUCCCGGCUCAGUAAUAUUCUCAUAGCGGGGCUUUGCAUAUCUCCUGCCCUAUCUGUGUGUGUCUGUCACUGUUACUGUAGUCCCAGCCUCUAUAGUUUGGAAUAGAUAUGGAAGGAGACGGGAGUCAAGCCACGUCCGGAAGCCUAAAUGAUUCACAACAUGACCCGGGUAAAAUGUUUAUCGGUGGCCUCAGCUGGCAAACCUCACCAGACAGCCUUAGAGACUAUUUUAGUAAAUUCGGAGAAAUAAGAGAAUGUAUGGUGAUGAGAGACCCCACGACAAAACGUUCAAGAGGAUUUGGGUUUGUUACGUUUACAGAUGCUGCCAGUGUAGAUAAAGUCUUAGCUCAACAGCACCAUGAAUUAGACUCAAAGACGAUUGAUCCUAAGGUUGCCUUUCCCCGUCGCGCCCAGCCUAAGAUGGUCACAAGAACAAAGAAAAUAUUUGUGGGUGGCUUGUCGGCCAACACGGUAGUGGAAGAUGUGAAGCAGUAUUUUGAACAGUUCGGGAAGGUUGACGACGCCAUGCUUAUGUUUGAUAAGACUACUAACAGACAUAGAGGAUUUGGUUUCAUAACUUUUGAGAGUGAAGACAUCGUAGAGAAAGUCUGUGAAAUUCAUUUUCAUGAAAUCAAUAACAAAAUGGUAGAAUGUAAGAAGGCCCAGCCCAAGGAGGUGAUGUUCCCACCAGGUACGCGAGGGCGAGCCCGGGGUCUGCCCUACACCAUGGAUGCCUUCAUGCUGGGGAUGGGCAUGCUGAGUUACCCUAACAUCGUGGCAACGUAUGGCCGCGGAUACACUGGAUUUGCACCCAGCUACAGCUACCAGUUCCCCGGCUUCCCAGCGACGGCAUACGGACCGGUGGCGGCGGCGGCGGUAGCAGCAGCGCGUGGCUCAGGUAGGGGGGCCCGUGGAAGAGGCGGCUACUUGGCGUACCCACAGAGCACAGGGCCAGGCCUCCCCGAUUAUGGGUUUUACUCUGCGCCCAGUGACCAGAGGGGGGGGCCCUGCUCCUUUGCUGACUAUGGCUCCCUGGGGCCCCAGGCGGCUCAGAUGCUGCACAGUGAGCAUGCCACCUCCGCCUGCAACUCCCCCCUACAGCACCUACACAGCCCGGAUCAGUUUAAGAACCCAGGCGGCAACCCGUCGAGGCCCGGUGGUUUCCCCGGCGCCAACAGUCCAGGGCCUGUGGCUGACCUGUACGGACCUAGCAACCAGGAUUCAGCCGUGGGGAACUACAUCAGCGCUGCUAGUCCUCAGCCCGGCUCUGGGUUUGGACCCAGCAUUACUGGCCCGUUGAUUGCGACAGCUUUUACAAACGGAUACCAUUGAACAGGUGGCCGGUUGCUAUCUCAUCAGAGCAGAGUAUAUCUGGUGGCCCGGGACAGACAGGACGAAGUUUCUAAUUGGCUUUGUGUGCAGGUGAUGAUUAUCCAACUUCAAGCACUACAGCGUCACCGAUGGCUAAAUGAGCGAAAAGCGGGAACCAUGUGAAGAAGAAGAAGAAGAGAAAAAAAUAUCUGUUUGUCAUCUCAGAAAAACAAACAACUGCUGUACUAUAACCCAAACCUCCUAUACCUUUACAACCUGGUUUGGUAUGAUGUUCCACGUCAACUUCACUCACCGAUUUCCUUCUUCCCUUAGCGUUUUGUUUUUGAUCACUUUCUAGCGUUGUCACCUGAGUUCAACCUCGACUUUUUAUCUUCUUGUAGUUUGUAAGUGCAUUUUCUGAUUUUUUUGUUUUGUUUUGUUUUCUUUUGUUUUUAAAGUACGGCGGGUCAGAGCCAAGAAAAUCUGAAAAUCACGUCUUCAUCUUCGUAUUGGUUAGUGUGAUGGUAAAAAAAAAAAAACAAGAAAAAUGAAACUAAAAAGGUUGGGAUAGUUCCAUUCGGUCUUUCAGCAAAAAAAAUAAGCUCAGUAUGGUCGGGCUUGGAGGAGAAAAAAAAAGGAAAUUUCAAACAGAAGGUAUCUAAGUAAUAAAUUUUAGUAGCUGUUUUAUUUCUUGUGAUGUCUCAUUGUAAACCAUGAUUACCUAUUUUUGGGCAAUACAAAGAGGACUCCAAUAUUUUUAUGGUCCUUUUUUAUAAGUGUUGUUUCUGUUGUGUAGAAAUAUAAAUAUAUAUAAAUAUAUAUAUAUGCUAUAACAAAUUUCAUAUAACGACAUUGUGAAUUGAAACUUGAGAAAAAGAAAUGUAGCUGUACAUAUUAUUCCAGUCACUGCAUAUAACCAGCUCAGUGAGAGAAUAGCAUAUUUUUGUGAUGGUGUGUCAAAAGAGUACGUUCUAGCGUGUGAAUAGAAGAAAAAGCUGUAAACAAUAUUCUACGUUUUUGUUUUUUUUUUUUGUUUUUUUGUUCUCUUUUACUUUUCUUUUUUUCUUCCUUUUGUUUGUUUCUGCUGAGAGACGGUAUAACAAAGCCCACAAGCAGCCGUGUAAAUACUGAAAGUGGAAUCAUUUUAAAAGUGUCAUACCAGCAAAUUUAUGACCGGCGAGUUUAGUCUAAAUGUCGCUUUAGAGAAAGAAGAGCGAUUAUGGUUUAAAGAUCACUUCAAAGUGGGAGAGACGAAGAGGGAGAGAGAGCGGAAAAGUAAAAGACUUUUAUCCAAAGCACACUGUACGAAGAUACGCGAUGGUUCGAACUUGAAGCGGGCAUUUCGCAGAGCUCUGCGCAUCCUGACGCUUUUCUACUGCUGAGAGGAACCUGUUAGCUAUAUAUAUGUUUAAUGUCCGUUUCAUCCUGCUUGUUCCUGAUUCACCUCAUGGAACAAAAUACCUGGGCUCUAUGCUCGAGCCUUUUUAUCUACACACACAUAUAUAUAUAUAUAUAUAUAUAUAUAUAUAUAUAUAUAUACUGCUUGUUCUUUGAAUCAGUUCUUUUUUGAAUGAAUUAGGACAGUAAACAUUUUGAUACCAUACCUCAGCCUUCGUGACUUCUACCGUGGAAUCAUCGGCGGGUUUUUAAUUUAUUCUAGUGGCGAAGAUGUCAAAAAAAAAAACAAAAAAACUAAAACAAAAAAACAACAAAAAAAAACUGCAAAAGAAAACACUGAAAGGCUAUUUUACAGCGAGUAAUCGCUGCACUGUGAGUUGUGAAGUACAGGCCAUCCUCUUGUUUGCACAUGUGUAUGUUGGCUUUCUACAAACGGCCUUGUGCUUUGGGACAGCAUGAAGGAUUUACUGGUGGUCGGGUCGGGUUGGGUCGCUUCGGGUGGGGGCGGGGGGUUAACGUGUUCCCAACUGGACAAGCAGCUCGGGAUAUAAAAACGGGCGUGUCGCAGCGUACACUUGGAUUUCUAUACUUUAGACCCACGUCUAACCUGAGGAUAUUUAAACAGGGUCAAAAGAUGACACUGAAUUAUUCACUAUCUGUAGCCGCACUCGGCUUUACACCGUAUGUAAGUGUGGUUAAAAGAAAAAAAGUUUUAUUCUUGACAUCGAUUUAUUAUUAAAUAAUAAGAAUAAUAGCAAUGUUACACGCUGGAGUGCGGUCUGGUUUUUAAAUUUUAUCAAUGCCGUUGUUUUCUUUUUAUGCACUUGUUUCAUUUUUUAUUUUCUUUCUUUCUUUUAAAGCAACCAGGUAAUAAAUAUGCUGGAUACUUCUAAAGUAAAUGAUAUGGAGAUGUGAUCAAGUAAUAAUUUAAAGGAAAAAAAAAAACAACAACUUGUAAUGUUCAAAUGUAUAAGAAAAGAAGAAAUACAAAAGUAACAAAAAAAAGACAAAAAAGAAAGACGCUUUGCUGAUUUCAAGUUUAAUCAGAGUUUUAUUGAUACUUUGUGGUUUCUAUAUUAAUAAUUGUAUUAUACUAUUAAAAAUGUACUGUGCAUCCAUUACGUUCUCUCUUUCCAUGCCACAUCCUCAGAGAUGCCGCUAUCUUUUGUUGCUCAUCCAUGUACUUCAUUAGUGUGUAAAGAAAUCACAGUUAACUUGUAAACAGAGUGCUGUCUUUGAUACCAGUGUAGUGCUUUGUUGUUCUCCCUCGCUCUACCUCUCCUUUCUCUCAUAUUUAGCCCCCUCCCUCCUCGCGCUCUUUUUCUAUCUCCUGUAAUUACAAAGUAGAUGUUAUAUAGGACUCAUUUAUAUAAUACUUGUAGUGAAUAGUGGAUUUAGAACCAGUCAAGAUAGAUCUUUCUCUCAAUGAUCAUGUUGUUCUGAUAUUUGUUCGUUGUAAUUUAUUCCCUGUACGUUUGUUUAGGUUUUGGGUUUAUUAUUUUUGUUUAGUUUUUUUCCUUCAGUUUGGUUUAUUUUUUAUUUUUUCCCCACUCUAACAUGGUUUCAGCUAACCAAAGCUCUCAUGGAUGAACAAUGGAGAAAGUGUUGCUGUAAGAUGGAAUUGUACACAAGGCAUUAUUUGGAUCCCCACCCUUGAAUGUUUUAAAAGGGGUGUGCCAUACUACCUUAAAUGCUAAUGCUAGACAGAGCUUUUAUUUAGAUUUUUUUUUUCUUUUGUAGGAGGAACACGUAAAGCAAAUUAGGAAAAUGACUAGAAAUAAUUUUUUGUUUAGAAAAAUGUAACUCUAACAUAACAGACAGAGGUUUGAUAAUACUCUCUGAUCUUUAAUUAUUCAAGUACAAAUCACUUUCUGGAAGCCAUUUUUAAAAAAAAUAAUAAUAAUUACAAACCGUUUCCAGAUGUCAUAUUCUACAAAACAGCACAACACACUUUAUUAAAGAGGACUUUAAAUAAAUAAUAGCUGCUGUUUGUUUGACAACAUUAUUAAAUAUUUUAGUUUAGUGUAGAACCGGCAUUUUAACUCAUUGCUGGCUUUAAGAACAUUUUAUACCCUAAAUUUUGAUAAGCGGUGCUCUCAAUUCAGUCCACUUUAUCUUCUGGUGGCAUAAUUUUACUUCAUAAUUUCUAACAUUUUAUGAUGUAUAUUUGGGUCAUAUCACCUCACUUCAUACUCCUUGAACUUUUUCAUAUUUUGCCGUUUUAUAUCCACGAAUGGUUGAUGCAUUUCCUUGAGAAACACAUUUGUGAAGUUGAACCAAAUUGGUACACGGCUUUCUUUUUUCUUUUUUUUUUCACAAAUUCAAAUUGGAAAAGUGUGCCUUGUGUUUGCAUUCAUAUUGUAGAACCACCGUUUAGUUACAGCUGCAAGUAUUUUGGUGCAAGUCUUUACCAGAUUUGCACUUCUGGACGCUGACCUUUUGGUGAACUGUCUCUGUCCCACUGAGAUUGGAAGGAGACUGGCUGAACAGUAACGUUCAAGUCUUGCCACAGGUUUUCAAUUGGAUUUCAGUCUGGAUCAUCCGAUCACAUGGAAAUCUCAAGUUUGUUUGUUUUUUUGCCGCAGGUUUUCUUGCAGAACUACUCAGUUUUUGGCUUCUUGUGUCUUUUUUGGACACAAGUAGCCUCCCUGUCCAUGCUGAAGAAAAAAACGACCCAACAGCAUGAUACUUCCACUACCAUGUUCUAAUGGGGGAAGUUGUGUUCAGGAUGACUGUCUGCCUCAAAAGGUUACAUUUUUAGUCUAAUGUUUGCUGUUUGCCUUUGUGGCUUUUUGCAAACUGUUGUUCACAGUCCCACUCUGGUUUGUGUUGGUCUGUCCCACACAGCCCCAGUCAUACACACAGAGAUUCGCUGUUUUAGCUUGGAAACAUGAAAACUUUCAAGGGGUAUGAAUACUUUCCCGAGGCGCCGUCACGUAAUCUAUUCUGUUAGAUUACAUGCAGUGUUUAGAGUAGAGGACUGCUUGAUCGCCAGUCAAUCCAAACAAGCACACAGGGUGUUUUAUUUAAAGGUAAGUACAUUUCAACGAUUUUAAUUGUCCUUAUGUCUGGAAAAAUGAAUAAUUUAUUGCUUGUAAAUGAAAUUAGUGAUAUUGAAUCAUUAAGGAAGAAAAUAGGAUAUGCCACUUAUAAUUUUAACAAUUUGUCUGUCCAGUGCCACUAAAAUUUCAGACAGAAAAAAAAAGACAGCAUCAGAGUUGCACACUGUGUGAUUUUUGUUUUGUUUUUUUAGUUCUAACUGGCUCUUUAACUACAACUGCCCCUAAAUUCAUUUAAAAAAGGGGAGGAGGGAAAACAUUAAAAUGGUUCAUUUUUCCCUGGCACAAUACCAGAAAAUACCGUUUUUGUUUCGCAUCUUGUAGCUUGGACUUUAAGGUAGCAUGGCUCUUGCUGUAAUUUCAUUUAUUCUCAAACUGACAGCAGUUUACAGCUGAUGAAUGUUACACAUCUUAGUAGACUAGCUUAUCCAUUCGGGGAGAGGGGACGGGUCUCAGUUUAAGAGGAAAAAAAAGAAAAGAAAAGUAAUCUUUAAAAAAAAAAAAAGAAAAAAAAAAGAUUCAAAUAAAGUCAACCUGGAAUGGUGUUGACAUUUGUAGUGUACUACCGUAUCCAUUUAAACUUGAAUCUUGAGGCAAGUGCUAGGCAAUGGCCAAACCAUAAUGUCCCCCAUUCAUUAGUGGAAAAUCCCACCCUAAAACUGCACACGCUUCUGAUAUUUCUGUCCACAACAUGCAGUCUUCAUUUUGUUUAUACCCAAUGCGCUGGUUUCACCUCGCUGUACUUCCGGUCACUCUCGACUGACCUUGAAGGCUCCUGGAAUGUUGUAGAGCAUUUUUAACCCCAGAAAGUGAAAAAGUGAGAGAGAGAGAGAAAGAGAGGCUUAAUCACAGUGGUGCUAAUGGUUUUAAGCCAGACUAUGUGCCCUUAUCUCUGAGAGAUACUGGAUACAGUCACAGUGGCCACAAAGUUAGUCUCUGAGGCCACAAAGUGAUUCACCAACACUUUAUAUUUAUAGUUUUGGCUCCUCUUGUUACAAGAUAUAUAAAUAUAAAAACGGUUCAGGUUCAGAAACGUCAACUGAACUUGUCAAGGUGACAGAAAUAACACAAGUUCUCACAUGAGGUCAUGUUUUAGGGUGAAUUUCCCUUCAAACCAUCUCAGCCGCAUUCAUUGCUAAAUAUACCAACAGUUGCAAUAUAUAUAUAUCUGUGUGUGUGUGUGUGUUUAUGGGAAUAUAUAUAUUUGCAAUUUUCACCCAUUUUAACUUUGUGUGAAAAUACUCGACUGGAGACCUCAGCUGUAUACAAAAUAUUCCUCGUGCAUUUAAUCAAAAACAUGGUCACUAGCUGACGUUCAAAGGCAUGAUUUCACUCCCUCCACCUCCACCCGCCGGCAUUUGGACGGAGCAGAACGCACACACCCGAAAGGGGGAGCGGGGUGGAGCCCAGACGCCCCCUUUCAGAGCGCCCGGCCGGCAGUGAGAGGCUCUGCUGUGCUUCCAUGUCUCCGCAGGCCGAGCACAGAGCCACGCUCGCUGCCGCCGGCCCAUUCCUAACACUUGCCCCUGUUUUUUUAUGUUAACCGACUUUUUAUGGCGAGAGACAGACAGACUUGACUGACAUCUGAAAGCAUCUUUCAGGUUAUCAUAUGGCUUUGCUCAAGCCCUAUUGUAAAUUAUUCUGAAAUAAUAAUGGUGAUAAUAAUGGAUGGAUGGGGGUCUCUCACAUAUCAAAUGUGGAAAGUCUAAUUUUAUAUUUGUAUUUUCAAAUAAUAAUAUUGACAAAAAAAAAUGUCUGUGAAAGGUUUCCAUCCUCUACUGUGGUCCAGAAAUUGAUGUGUCUGUCUGGAAAAAUAACUAAAAUAAACUGAAUUGUUAUAUUA